CGUCCGGUUCCCAUUUUUAGAAUAAUGCUAGUCUCACGGACGCACCAGCCGCUUCGGUUGCAACGGUUCACACUAAUACUGAUCGCUACGUUCCUCCUCACGUCGCUGUCUUUUGUAACUGGCGGCAAUGCCAAAUCAACUUUUUCUCCGCAAGAGGCCAAAGGCUCAACAGAUGUGCCGUUUAACACCUGCGGAAUAUGUGGUCGAGCGGAAGGUGCAAACGGAAAGGAAAUGGAAGAGGAACGCUACCCGAAGCCUGUAUGCGGAACAGAUUCAAAUGUUUAUUCGUCGUUGUGUGCCCUUCAACGAGCCUCCUGUGAACAAAAUUCCCCUAUUGAACGUCAAGAGUGGGACCUCUGUGCGGACAAACAGUCUCUUUGCCCGGACAAGUGCCUUGAUAUAUAUGAUCCGGUUUGCGGGGAAGACAAGGUGCUUUACCUCAACUACUGCGCGAUGCAACGCAAAAAUUGUGGUAAACGCAUGAAGAUUAUCGAGCUUGCAUAUUGUCUGUCGGAGGCGCGCAAGGCACGAAAACUUGCUGGAUGUCCGGAAACCUGCGCUCCAAUCUACGAACCAGUGUGUGACUCGCAGGGGGACAUUCAUUACAACGAAUGUUUCUUCCGUAAGACGGUUUGUGAAGCCAGCGGUGACGACCUGAACAACUCGCACGUGAAAAUGCUUCCGCUAAAGACGUGCGUCGAUUUCGCGUCGUCACGAUGUCCAGAGAAAUGCUUGCCUAUCAUGGACCCUGUGUGUGGAUCUGAUGGCAGGCGUUACCUGAACCAUUGCAAAUUCGCCCAAGAGAACUGUGACAAGGGUACAAAGAAAAUGCCCUGGGUGUAUUGUCUAGGUGAAGUCAAUCUAAAAUGAACCCAGUGAUUAAGUGAAAAGAUGAAUUAAUAAAUGACACAAAAUGCAUCAUCGACGGAAAAUAGAUGAGGUAGUUGAACGUUGACGACGGGGACAUUAAAAAUCGCCGGAUCUAGGUCCUGGGUCACCCAAGAGAUUUCCUGAAUUUUCAGCUGAACAUAUAUGGAAGAGAUCGAUUUCAAGUGCCUUUGAUGGCGAUCUGUCUGUUUUUUGUGGAACGAAAAGUCCUAUAUUAGGUCCAAUCACAUUGUAGUGAUCGAUAGGUGUGUGGGCGAACAGUUGGAUUUAGUAACGUAAUUAUAAGUUGUAAGUUGUAAUAAGGAGCAUUCAGUUACAUUAAAAUAUCGAAAAUGUUUUGUUGUUUAGCUAUUUAAUUGGUUUACUGUCGACAACUCGUUUACUAGGUACUUUCUGCACCCCAAUACGCAGUUCCGGCAACUGACAACUUGAACCGCCAUGAUCCGUCGCUGAUUUUCAGAUAUUCCCAUUAGCCUUAGCAUAGGAAACACACAUGAGUUGAAACUAAUGCUAUUAAGAAAAAAAGUAAUAGAUUUUAAAAAACAAGAGCGCAGUUACUUCAAUAUUAUCGCUUUAUUGCUUGGCCAUCUUUGUUCGAUCAUACGGAGUCUCUUCAUCGCGCUAUCGCUUCGUACCUACCCCAGAACGCCUUCGCCAUAGCCAAUCCACGCAUAGACAAUGCAUUGUCCUGUUAUAUUAUUAGCAGUAUAACCUUAUAAAAGUGUUACCUUAAAUGUGUUUUUUUGUUUUGUUCCUCACAAUAUCGUAGUCGAUUUAUCGCUCCGUUUAGCAUUGAGCUUUGGUCCUAUUGAUUCUCCUCCAGGAAAGGGCACCGCGUAUGCGCAUACAUAACUAUAAUGCGUAAAAUGUGAUCAGAUACUAUCUCAUAUGGAUUAUCCUAAUAAGUAACGUAGUUCAAUCUGUCAACAUAGAUCUGCCUGCAUCUUGCUCUAAUAGAAACUUUCAUGGAAAUGUUUGACAAACAGACGAGCAUACUAGUUGUUGUUGUUGUUGUUGUUGAAUGCUUACUCUGUCUGCUGGAUUAUUGAUCCUUAGAGGAUAUCGUUUGUGAGCUUUGAGCCCAAUUUUCUUGUUACUAUUUCUAGCGAGACCAAACUUUUAUCUCAAUAUGUGCAGUAAGGUAAACAUCUAAAUUCGUUAUUUUCCAACAUCACCGCAUAAUAGGGUGUAAUAUAAAAAGGUGUGUUAAUACCUUUUUAAAUAAGUUUUAUUAUCUAAUAAAAUAUAAACAUUUACAUAUUCAGUACAUGGUAAAUACGGUAGUAAAAUAUGAUCAAGUAUUUACACGAUGUGCGCAAUAAGCAGCGAUUCGUUUUUAGUCUUUUUAUCUAUAUAACUUUGUUCUAUAUAUAUAUAUAUAUAUAUAUAUAUAUAUAUUGAGGAAGCACGUACUAAUGGUAAAAUAAGAGCUGAAGGAGAUAGCACAUGUUUCGAGGACGUCAGUCUUGAAGAUAAUAUUUUUUUCAAAAAACAGCGCGCAGCACAAGCGUAUAUACUCGGUAUACGCAAAAACAGUUGUAUAAUGUAUUGUUACAAUUAAAACGCACCAAAAAGAAUCGACGAUAGCUUUAUGUAUAUUUGGCUUUAACAAAGAUCUGCAUAUGUUAAGAUGUGUUUGGUUUAAACAAUAUUCUGAUUUCAAACACCUUAUUCUGCUUACAUAGAACAAAACAUCUCUGACAGUAUGAAAAAAGUGUCAUAUUAGAUAAAGGGCUGGUCAUUUUAAGUGAUUCUUUUCCAUAUUCGCCCAAAUAAUUUCCGUCAACGGAUUAUCGCAGAUAAGGGUUUGUCAAAAACAAACCUCGUCUUUCUCUCAUAUUCAGGGUGAUGGACAAUGUUAAUGUAGUGUAAAAUAGUGCAAUUUCACACUGUUUCCGGUAUUUUACUGUGUUUUUUUAUUAACACUAUGUAAAGCAAAUUGACAAAAUAGCAUGAACAGGUAUCAAGGUCUGCAUCUUUGUAAAAGGCCCAUGAACGAACUCUCACUUAUGUUAGAAUAACGUCUUGUUUUAACCAGUUAGAAUAUUUUACUUUUUAAGAGAACACAUGAAGAAACUUACUUGGACAACUUGGAAGUAAAUAACUUGACGGUCUAAAUCAUUGCGCUACGCUGUUAAUUAUUGUACAAAGACUUCCUACGCCUAUCGCCACAUUGAGACGCGGUUCUGAUGCGCGCAUGAUGUACUUACAAAGCACGAUAUGUAGAGGUAAAAUUCAAACGAUAUUUAACCUCGAGCGUGAACCACCCCAAGUUCAUUUACCAACUGAUACCGAAAAUUCGAAGGGGAAUCCAUCUGAAUUUGGUACGGAAGCAAACAUUGAUAACAACUGACAAAUCCUGAUGCCGAUGUGAUUAGCAGAGAUUGCUAAGGGAUGUUAAUAUCCCUUGAGAUUUGCCUAAAUAUUUUACAUGAACUGAACAUGAAAUUCUGC